AGGGGGGUUGGGGGGGGUGGUCAGCUCCUCCCAUAAGCAAGUUAUUGAGCCGCGCUGUGGAGGUCUGUGAUGUUGACGGGGUAAGGCAGUCUUCAGACGGCAGCGAGCGCUCUCAAUCGCCCCUCGUCGGAACCGAACCAGCCCAGGAGGGGAGGAAAAAGCCUCCCGCCCCGCCGUUUUGACGGCUUAGGACCUCGUCUUCUCUGCGGACGCCGCCAUCAUGUGCGACUGUUUCCACCUCGCCUUCCCUAACUGGCACGGCGCGCCCGCCGGCACAGGAGCUGAACGCAGGCUGAGAGCGCCAGACCUCAGCUCGGAGGACCACUCAGCAUGUGACGAGCCAUCUCAGUUCACCGAAGGCGAGAGACCACGCCCGCAGGGUUCGUCCCCCGUGGAAGAUCACCCAGAGACGGAGAAAUAUAGCGACAGCGACAAGGAGGAGGAUGACCCACACCACAACAGAGGGAGUCGAAAGAAGGGUAAAAAGUCUGGCUUUGGUUGUGGCUUUGACCGCCGUUCGACUCCAAAGAUGAGCAAACUGAAGGAAGCUUAUAGCCCAGAGUCAGGGAUGAUAGUGAAAACAGCCAAAGAUGGCGGCGCAGAAGGUCUUGUCUAUGGUGGAGGAGGCAAAGAGGGCAUCUUCAUCAAAGAAGUCGUACCAGAGUCACCUGCCUCCAAAGGUCUACAGCUGAAAGAAGGCGAUCAGCUUCUGAGCGCCACAGUGUAUUUUGACAAUGUGUCAUAUCAGGACGCCAUUCAGAUUCUGGAGCAUGCUCAGGCUUACAAAGUGAAGCUCUGCCUAAAACGCAAACCCGACAUCACUGAGACGGAACCCCUCGCUGAGUCUGACAUCAUCCCUGAGGAUGAAACCUUCACUCCAGAGAUGCGAGAACAUGGGAAAUCCAAGAGACGAGGUGAUGCACGCAUUUCUUGGCCCAAGUUUCCCUCCCUAGGGAGAGGAAAGAAGUCCCGUUUUGCAAGGUCUCAUAGUUCCUCAGAGGCUGAUGAGCAGAGGAAGUUGGAGCUGAGUCCUACCACGAGCGACACAGAGUCACCAAUAAAGACGCAAGAUGCCCUUAAAGGCAAGAAACGGCAUAAGAUGAAGCUUCCAUCUCUGACAAAGAGAGGCCGCAUUAGCUCAUCUGAAGAUCAGGACACCGAUGCGCCGACGACAUGCGCACAAGAAGCUGCAGAACUGAUCUCAACCGAAGGCCUUCAAAGCCCCAUGGAAAGACGGCCUGGAGUGCACAGGAUAGAGCAGAUGGCUCUGGUAGAAGGUUCUGACGCAACAGUGACAAAACCUCUUGCCAUUCAACACAAGGUGGAGCUCAUUGCUAUAGACAGUGCUUUGAAAACCACCGAUCUCACGGUGGCUCUGGCGGGUCAAGAUAGCCCCACCGGACCACUGUCGCCCGAUGGUAAGAAACAGAAGAAAGAAAGGUCGGAAUUGAAAAUGAAAAUGACAGGGAAGGACAAAUCAAACAAGAAAGAGGCAAAUGCAAAAUCACCCAAAAGGCUAAAAACCCUGGGUGCGAGUUUAGAAACAGCUGUCAAGGGGGAUCAGCCCGAGCGUACGUCUCAAACUGAACAAACAUCCCCACUCAAAGGCAAAGGCAAAACUAAAAUAAGAACCCUACUCCCCAAGCGAGAAGACAUUGAAAUCCCUGGUAUGGAGGAUACGGGGAGAAGGACAAAAGUCAAAGGACCCCACGAUGAACUACCAGAAACAGUGCAACUCUCAAUUGAUGUGGACAGCGUGAAAGAGGCCGUUUCGAAAUUGCCUGGAUAUAAAUUACCGAAGGUGGAUAUGUGUGGAGUACUUAUUCCUGAAGAAAUCACAGUGAUCGAUGCCAAUGCUCAAAGAAUAUCAGUAAAAACGCCCACAAAAGUCGCUGAUGGCAGAAUGAAACAGGAGGCACCCAUCAGUAAGGCAGAGGACACUUCCACUCCAGAAUUAUCCAAGACUUCGUUCAAGCUCCCAAAGAUCAAACCGAGUGACUCGACUUCAGAAGAAGUUUUAACUGUCACCCAGUUGGACCAAACAACUACAGAGACAACACAAGUGUGUGAACCUGCACUCAACUCAAAAGAAUCUGACAAGAUAUCAAAGACGACCAAGAUAGUUUUGCCAAGCAUCGGGUUUUCAAAGGCAGACUUUAGAAUGCCCGACGUUGGAAUGUAUUUCGCAAAGCCAAAUAUUUCUGGGACAAAGGAUGACACGGGGAAAGGAGAAAGAACUAUAUUCCUACAAGAACAAUUAGGUGAAGGCGGCAUCACGUCCGAUGCCAAAAUGUACGAAGCUGAAAGAUCUGCCGUGAUAAGUACUGGUGAACUUGAAUACAUUGAUUCGGAGGAAUCCCCCGUCGAGAGGGAAUUCGAUUUCACGAUACCGGAAAUCACUGGAUCACAAGUAAAUGUAAACUUUUUCAAAAAUGAGUUGGAUGUGAAAAAACCAGAGCCUGAAUCUGAGGCACAACUCAAAGAAGCCUCGGAUGUGGAUUUAGGUCCUGGAAAAGCACAGGCCUCAUCGCAUAACGAUAAAACGCCAGAGGCCAAGGUUGAUAUUCCCAGAAAGGACCUUGCAGUGAACAUUUCGGCACCUAGCGUGGACAUUGAAGGAUCUGUAAUGGACAUGAAGACUACAGAUGCUGAGCAGGGUGGAAAAGGAGGCAAGUUUAAAAUGCCACAUCUCAGUUUCUCCAUGCCAAAGGUAAAAGGACGCAAAACAGACUCAGGCUGGUCAAAAAAAGGCUCGGGGGUGACAACGCCAGAGGCUAAAGUUGCCGUCCAAAUGCCUGACACUCCCAAAAUUUACACAAAUGAGGCGAAAGCUGAAGUCAAACUUCCAAAAACAUUGGAGUCACCAGAAUUAAAAGUUGAAGCCAAAAUUCCAGAACUUACCACAGAUAUUAAUGUAAAAGUGAAAGGUCCCAAGAGUGAAGCUCAAGCAAGCAGUCUGGAGGAAUCUCCCUCUCAAUUCAAAUUCCCAACAUUAAAAUUACCGAAAUUCGGGGUGGCUUUACCACAGGUUGAUUUGGAAAUGGACAAAGAUGUCAAGGUGGAUCAAGUAAACGUCAAGUCACCAGAAUUAAAAGUUGAAGCCAAAAUUCCAGAACUUGCCACAGCUAUUGAUGUCAAAGUUAAAGGUCCCAAAAGUGAAGCUCAAGCAAGCAGUCUGGAGGAAUCUCCCUCUCAAUUCAAAUUCCCAACAUUAAAAUUACCGAAAUUCGGGGUGGCUUUACCACAGGUUGAUUUGGAAAUGGACAAAGAUGUCAAGGUGGAUCAAGUGAAUGUCAAGUCACCAGAAUUAAAAGUUGAAGCCAAAAUUCCAGAACUUGCCACAGCU